AGUAGGUUUGUUUAAUCAUUUAUGAUGCUCGAAUGCUUUUUUCCGACGUUAUGUCUUCUUCAAAUUCUUACAGCGCAGAGAGAAGAACCAACUAGUGCAAUUAUGCAAAAUAGGAUGACUGAUGAACCCCCUGUAAAAGAAAACGGCCAAUUCUUUCACCUUAAUGGGUCCUCUUACCGUAAUUGAGCUUGUGCCCUUAUUUUGGCCCUCUGCGCGUGCGUGAUGCAAAGUAGAGGUUGCGCAAUGCAAUGUUUAACAAUGGCACUCAGGCGUGUGAGCGAGCCUCGCCAAAAUCUUUCAACCCUGACCGGUUUUACUUUGUACGUGAGCGCUAAGUAUUCACAAGUUCUCUCUUUCUCUAAAAUAAAAGUUUUUUUUUUCUGCGAGAGAUGAACACAGAAAGUGCAGAAGAAGUUAAAGAAAGUGUGAAGGCCUACUAUGGUAAAACGCUUAAGUCUUCCGAUGAUCUUCAAUCGAACGCCUGUAAACUAGGUGAAAAACAAAUGUCCAACGCCGUUGAGAGCGCCUUGAAACUUGUCCACAAGGAGGUAUCGAGCAAGUUUUAUGGGUGUGGCUUAGUGGCCCCAGAAGCAAUUGAUGGCUUGCAUAUCCUGGAUCUUGGAAGUGGGUCGGGACAAGAUUGUUUUGUACUCAGCAAGCUGGUUGGUGAACAUGGCCAUGUUACUGGGGUGGACAUGACCAAAGAACAGGUGGACAUUGCCAACAAGUAUGUAGAAUAUCAUGCAGAGCAAUUUGGAUAUUCUAAGCCGAACACUGAUUUCAAACUUGGUGAGAUGGAGCGACUAUUUGAUGUAGGAAUACAGGACAGGACUAUAGACAUAAUAAUUUCAAACUGUGUUGUGAACUUGACUGCUGACAAGAGAGUUGUUCUUAAAGAAGCUUAUAGAGUACUUAAGGAUGGAGGCGAGGUAUACUUCAGUGAUGUUUACACCGAUACAAAACUACCCGAGGAAGUCAGAAAAGACGAAGUGCUUUGGGGCGAAGGUAUUGGAGGAGCUCUUCACUGGAAGGAGUUGAUUGAGCUAUGCAAGGAAGUUGGUUUCUCCAAGCCAUACUUAGUUACUGCCAGACCUUUUGUAGUUGAACCACAUCUCAGACAGCCCCUUGGCAAAGCACAGUUUGUGGCAGCUACAUAUCGCCUGUUCAAGGCCCCUAACAGAAGUGAGAAAGUCGCUUCUAGAGUGACGUACAAAGGAACUAUAGAAGACAACCCAAACGAACUCAAGUUGAGCGUUCAUAACACCUUUACGAGGAAAACCAAGGUUGUUUCUGCUGAUGUAGCAGGUGUCCUUAGUGCGUCCCGUUUCUCGAAGCAUUUCGAGUUCCAGCCGCUAGAGCCUGGAACCACAGCUCCUGUUGAUGACGUUUGCAUUGACGCGGAUCCUUUUGCCUAUUGUGCUUCAAACAAAGUGGCGCCAGGAGCAUGUUGCCCCAAACCAGUCAAAGUGGAAAAUUGAGCAGAGAAAUGGCUUGUCACCCGAAAUGUAGGAGGAGGGUUUACAGGGCUCCUUUCUAGGCCAACCGUAAACCUUUUGAGACAGAAAUGUAGUCUAGCUUGAACCUUAAUUGUUGUUACUAAGUCAGUUAUUUUGGAAUUCACAUCCACUGUUUAGCAAGUUGAGCUUUCUACUCCUGAGUGAGCUCUUACUUGAAGUGCUUGCAGAUUAUUGAGAAGCCAGUGGUUAUUUUUUGUUUUGUUUUAUUUAUUUUUUCUCUUUUCUUUUUUUUUUUUAAUAUUUUAAAGCAUUUGAUCACUUGCCUAAAGUAGUAGUGCCAUCGAUUGAUACACGACUAAUAGCCAGAAGCCAUGCAGAACAAUUAAUAAACACACUUCUGAGUGUUAAUUGCCCGUGAGUAAAAUUUUCGUUUGCUUA